AUGGCAAAGUUACUGCUUGAUGCCGGAGCAAACCCGGAUUUGGCGGAUGAUAUGAACUGGACUAGUCUUCAUUUAGCUAUUGAGCGCGGUGAUGCAGACAUGGUUAAAAUUUUAAUUGAAAGGGGCACAAGUCUAACGGUCAUGACUGGGAAAGGGGAUACGCCAUUAUGUCUAGCUGUAAGACUGCAGGAUAAACGCAUGGUCAGAGCCUUGCUGGACAAUGGCUGUAAUCCAUCCCUUGGUAGUGGACGCUGUUCCGCUUUGGACUGGCUGCAGGGUCAGGCAGUCGACGAUUUGCACCCUUCUCAGGCCCGUUCACUCCACCCUUAG